UGUGUGUAGCAGAGAACAGUGCAGCUUUAGUGGUGCCUCCUGCGUUGCCACUGACAACACCCACGAUGCCCGAAAAAACAGAAUGCAGCGGAGAGGGAGAGAGCGAGGAGUGUGAUUUACUGGAGAGAGUCGGAGGAAGCUCGGUAGCAGUCCGAGAGAGUGAGAAAACAGGAGGAGACAGACAUUUAGCAGGAACAGAAGCAUGUGUCAUCUCUGCACCAGGAGAGAGAAAAGGACUCCAGGACGGCUCGUCUCAGCUCGCGUUAAACUGCCCUCCAGAAAAAAGAUCCCCGACGUUUUCCGCCGAAGGGAGACAAGCCGCAUCUGAGAACUGCUGCCUUAGCACAAUGCCUUACAGCUCAGCCGAGACUGAAGUGAAGGGACAGACAGAGACGACCACUUGCAGUGCAGACGCAGACUUCAGCCCAGCUGAGGAGGGAGAGAAUGAGAAGGAGCGACUCUGCUUAGUAACCAUUAUCAGUACUCGUCCCCUCGGACCACUCACUGGUACUGAUGGUCAGGAUUACAUUGCUGCGGGAUUGGAGAGCACAGGAAAGGGAGGAGGAGGAGGAGGAGGGUCGUCUGUGGUGCACAGUUUAUUCAGCCAGCCAGAAGGCUGUAGUAAUGGGGUGUCAUCAGCUGAGACCGAGGCAUGUCCGCCCACUGUUGCUGCCGAGUCACAGUUGAAGCCACAGCGUUGGAGCGAGCCCAUUGCUGCUAUCACUGAGCGCAUCUGCACGGAACAGGAGCAUCUCUUUCAGCAUGGCGCAGCAAUUUUACCUCUCCUCGCUCAGUCCGAGCAAAGCUGCGGCAAUACAGACGGAGGUGUAAGGGUUAAUCAACAAGGGAAGAUAGCAGAGGAAACACCGUCUGUCGGACUCACUUGUGAGGAAUCGUCUGAGACACAGCCUCAAAGCAACUCCGACCAAGUCUUCCUCUCUUUGUCCUCGUCUCAUCUUUUAAAUAUUUCUCAAGAAAUCCCAGGUGAGAUCGCAGGUAGCAAUCAACAGGUGCAACCUGCAAGUAGCACCACAGAAGCUGGGAGAGCAAAGAGUAAACCUGAUUUCCAACAGCAAGGCCAGAUCCAGAGCACUCCCAGUAUGUCCGGAGUGGAUAUGUGUGACAGCAGACGGGCCAACAACAGAGUUCACUUUGAGGAAAGUGUGAAAGAAGAGUGCAAUUCAUCUGUGGACCUCGUCAACAUGCCAGUGCCAGCUUUAGAUUGUGCCUCUUUGCCUCCGCUGAUGGUGCACGAGAGCUUGUACCAUCCCGUUGUUGAGGCCGCCUACAUCUUCCAAGAUUUUCUCAAUGCCAAGAAGUUAGAAUUUACCACUGAUGCAGCUACCAAGAAUCAACCAGCAAUACAGAACUCAGCCGACUUCCCAGAACCAAAGAAAGAUCUAGGAAGGCUGCAGUCGGCCAGAGGAGAUGUGAUUAAUGCUGAAGAGGAGAAUAAUACUGGAAAUCAGUGGGGUUGUGACAACUCGCAUGCAAACAUCAACUUGCAAACUGCAGAUGAGACCUGCUUAAAUGGAAAUGCUGCUGAACAACUGCUGCCAUGUUCCACAGAGGAAUAUCAACCUGGCAGAGAAGAAAAAGCCAAUUAUGAAGGAAGUACUGUCCCCGAAGGAGAUAAUCGAGCUGUUAAUCAGGAGGCAGCAACAGUGACUAAGCAUGAAGGAGUGGAAGAAGAGGUGGAAAUGGAAAAGGGUGCUGUUGAGCUAUGUUUGUCAGAAUGGAAACCAGCAGAAGAGUCACAAGAGGCAUCCAAAGGUUUACUGAGCAGUAAGCAGCCCCAGGCGUCACCUUUAGGAAGUACCAAUGCUGCUCAGGAGGAAAACGAAGGUAAAGGACACUCCUCUACCUCCUCCCCUGCACUUCCACGUGGUGAUUUGACAUGUGAAGCUUUCAGCAAUUCUCCAGUUGUUGUCCAUGACUAUACCUCAAAUCUUGAAACCGUGACUUUGAUCCCUGCAGCCCCUCCUGAGAUAAACCAUGACAGCCGUACUAAGCAGCUGCCUUGCCAGUUAGAUCAAACAACGUCUUCUGUACCACUGACUGAAAAUGACCUGAAGUCUAACGAGGGUUCUGUAACAAAAGAUGAGACAGUGAUGUUGGAGUUAGUCUCUGAAGAGCCUAUGUCGAUUAUCACUCAGUGUGCCGGUGAGCCUGCUUUUGUGCUGCCGUCUCCUGGCCCGAUGUUGAGUCACUUAGAGCUUAUUGGUGACUGUGACGUCUCUCUUCCUGAAUACACAGACACCCAAAGUGCUGCUGAUGGCGACAACGCCACUAUCUGUGGAGAGGUGGGCGGUGCCACGAAGGGCGAAGUGGCACCACAAAUGUUUUUAGCACACGGUCUGAAGAGCGGUGACGAUGGCGUCAAUGCGAAUGACAUUUGUCAGAUAGUGGAAGAUAAAAAAGACUUUUCAGAAAAUAUCAUUGAAUAUACAGAUUCUGCAGUUAAUGCAAACUUUCCAUCUGAUUACAAAAUCACAUCUGUACAAGAGGAAAACUGGACUCCAGACACGCCUCCUGUUGUACAGGAUGAAGUAAAACUGCCUCAAUCUUUCAGUGUCGCCUCUCCAUCACACAGUGUACUUGACACUGUUGAUAUUAAUCCUGUUAUUUGUGAAGUGUCUGUUACGGACAACCUCAAAAAUAUCACCUGCCAGCUCAGCGAUGACCUCACUACCAUCACGGCUUCUGAUGAAAUUAGCAAAGACAAGCAAGACGACAUGGAAGAGAAACACAGAGGGCUUGAUCAGACGUCUGUGUCGUUUCAUGAGGAGGAGAAGAAACAAGUUGAAGGAACAGCGUUAAACAAUCAAAAGGAAGCAGAUGAAACCAAGCAGCAGGCUGGAGAUGCAGGCGCAGCUCCACAGCAGAGUGAUAGGUCAGAUUUAAAGCCUGUUGAGGAAACAGGAGGCCUGCAGCCAUCAUCUGAAGUACAACAGACUGAAUUACUGAUAACGAAUAUGAUGGAAACAGAAAGGAGUGGCAGUGCAUUUAAAGGGGAAAGAGAUGCUGCUUCUUUAUCGCCAAACACGCCGACAAGUUCAAACAAGUCUGGUGGUGAUCAUGUUCUUGACCCCCAAACUUUGCCAUAUUGUAGCACACCUCCUAGCCAAUCACAGUCCAGCUCCGCUCAAGGCUGCGCUCGACAACAAGUGCAGCAGCAGCUGGUAGCCAGACGUCCUGCAGAUGGAUAUUCAGCCGGCUGUCCACAGUGGUGUGAGGGGAGAACAGAGAAUCACAGCGAGGUCAGGCCGACCAAAGCUCUGAUUCCUGAAGUAAAAGGGGUAGCAGAGGGAGGGGGUGGCUCUGUUGGGAGUUUGUUUCAGUUGGGCAGCCAGGAAGAGAUGAUGGAUAGUGACAUCAACAGCAAUGAGAGAGUGACAGAUGUAGAGAAAAGUGAAGGAGAGCAAGUCAGCACUGUGCCGGGUCAUGAGAAGGUUUAUGUGCCUUCUCUCCUUGAAAGUGAUUUCAAUGAGAGUGGAGCCAUGAAGAGAAAUGCUUCAGCAGACAUGGGCACAGUAGGUGAUGAAAGACAGGUUGAACGUGGGAAUGAAAUACUGGGAUUAGGGUCAGAUACAAGUUUUACACCAGGCGCGGAGGCUGUGACAGACUUAUCAGCUGCCUGUCAAGGCCAACGUGGCAAACCUCAGGCCUCAGGGAGCACUGCCACACCCACUGAUGCUGGGUGGCAUGAACAUGAGAAUUUACUUUUGGAAUUCUCUGGCUCAUCUCAGCUCAGCACUGAACAAAGUUCUAAUAAAACCUCAGCCGUGCACAGCGGUGUAACGGUACACGCGGCCAUAAAAGGUCCUGAUGUUUGUGAAGUCACAAAGAGUGAUAAAGCAGCUGGCAACGACAACAAGGAUAGCAGCCAUGAGACAAGACAAAAUGAAAUACAAGCAGUAAGUGAGGAAGAGCAGUGUGCUGUAAAUCCACCUGGGAGUGCUCGAGAUUUGGGCUCAGGCUCAGUUAAAGUUUCUGACCUCAGUGAAAGUGAGGUGCUGGACGGCAGCACAGAGAACGUUUGUCACUCUACAGGGAGCUUUACUGUGCUGAAGGGAAAAGAAACAGAAAUAACUGAUGUUUUUAAGCUACCAUCUGCUGUUUGGUCACAGUCCUCGGACUACACUGCAAAAACCCAGACUGGGCUUCCUUCCCAGCCGGUGCCUAACCCCCCUGGUGUGAGUGAGGUGAAUCUUGAAUGUGAUCCUGAAGAAGGGAGAUCAGAGGGAAGAGCCCCCGUCUGUACGUUUCCCACCGAGCAACAGUGUGGACCUGCGAUCAUGACAAAGACUCUUGGACAACCAUCCCAAGAAGGCGAGAUUGACUGGAUAAAAGCUCUAAAGAGGCCGCUGCAGUCUCUCAAACUGAACAACGGGACAGUGUGGAGACUUCUGCUACAUCUUCAAGACCCCUUCCAUCACUGGAGUCUCCUCAAGUGGAGUUUCUUACUCCAACUGAGGAGAUAGCUGCUCCUGAAAUCCAGGAGGACAGCCUACCAC